CGGGGGCGGGGCUUGUUUUUUUACCUGCGCCUUUUUCGGCGAUUCGGAACCGAGAAAACGCGACGCGUGUGGUGGAUGGUUGAUACGACACACUGUGAACUGAAGCAAAUAUUCUGAUUCCAAAAGGUGCCAAAGGUGUGCCUACCAUAAACACAAAUUAGGUCCUUGUCAAGAUGCCGCCGACAAAACUCCCCGAAUCGGGGAACCCACUCGUUUUCUUUGACAUGACACUAGGAGGCGAGCCGCUGGGCAGGAUAACUUUCGAGCUCUUCGCCGACGUGGUGCCGCGCACGGCUGAGAACUUCCGCCAGUACUGCACGGGCGAGCACAAAAACGCCCAAGGUCGGCCCCAGGGCUACAAGGGCAGCCGCUUCCACCGCAUCAUCCCGAACUUCAUGUGCCAGGGCGGCGACUUUCUUCACGGCGACGGCACUGGCAGCACCUGCAUUUAUGGGACCAAGAGCUUUGCCGAUGAGAACUUUACGCUCAAGCAUGAGGGUCCUGGAUUGCUGAGCAUGGCGAACUCGGGCCCAAACACAAACGGCUCCCAGUUCUUCAUCACUACUACCACGACCCCGUUCCUGGACAACAAGCACGUCGUCUUUGGCAAGGUCGUCGACGGCAUGGACGUCGUGCGUAAGAUGGAGAACACCAAGACGGGAUACAGGGGCAAGGAUGUGCCGAACCUCGACGUCAUCGUGUCCCAGUGUGGUGAGAUGUGAAAAAGAGGCCACUCGCGGAACUAAGGACAGACGGCUUGAGAAAGGUUAGGCGUGAUGAGAAAGCGCGGAAAAUUGUAUCGACGAACAAGUUGGCCGACUCGACCCUCGUGCUUUGUUGCGGGGUGUAUACCUACCUUCAAGACAAUGCGAGGAUAUGGAAAUUCGAAAGCUGUCCCCUCUCCGUGGAGGAACAUUUCCUGCUUCCUGGUAAGCCCCGGUGCCGUGCGUGUCGCACGUAAACAGGGCCAUGCGCAAGGACAAACGGAAAACAGGAGGACUCGGAAACGCCAAUGGAAGGACCAGAGGGGGUACGAUUGCUGGGGUAGUUCAAAAAUCAAGGAACAACAUGAAAUUCAAUGCCUUUAAUCACGGGGAGUUCACGAUAGUUGGCAGGAAUAUCAUGCACAAACAGACCGGCACUGAAAAUACAUUCAUAUCUCACACGCGCCAACGCACACAUACAUCAAACGCCAGACGCCAUGUUUUGUUGCCUCCUCUUUUCGACUCAUGAGACGCCCUCUUGCUAGUAAAAAAAUUAUGAAAGCAGCUACACCUCCAGCCAUAUUCAC